AUGGCAUCCCAACAAGAACUUUGCCAGAAGCACUCGCAGCCAACCCCAAUAUGCAACUCUGACCCUGGAGACUGGACAUCUCUUCAACUUGGCGCCGAAAUGGAACUAGCUCAAGACGGUGAAAUGCACUGGCAUGGAGGAUCCCAGCUGCCCAUUCAGACGCAUGAGAAUCUCUCGGACGACUUACUGCCUGUUCUGGAUGGCGGUUCUGGAUUUUGCUUCGAUCGGACACCGUUUGUAGACCCCACAUUUGGCUGCCUUGACCUGCCUAUCGACAAUUUCGAGGUGGAUGACAUGUGUACUUCAAAUCUACGAUCAUUAAGCCAUCAACAGAUGCAAAAUCAUAACCAUGUCUUUCCUUCUCACGGUCUGGGGCAGAAUUUCAGUACCUCUUGGUUGACCGAUCGGGAACUCUGCCCGAUGGAUGCAUCAGCGAAUAUACCAGCCAUUCCCAUGAACAUUAACUCAACUCUUCCACGUCGCAGAAGCCGCUACGAGCUCCGAAAUCCCCAGAACGGUGGACGAAGCAUUCAGAUUCCUGUAUAUGAUGCGAAUGAGCAAGUCUCUGACCCUCUGCAGAGAUGGAGAAACAGCCCUCCUGGAACCGAAUCCGCAUCCUGGUCAGCCAUUUAUGACGCGCUGCAAGAAAACACAUUGAGCCAUAGCAUGCAGGCUCCUCUCACCAGAGUACCAUCAUCUAGUCCAAGCGUAUCUAGCUGGCAAAGCCAGUCUUCAGGUUCGAUCGUUUCUUCUACGCAGUCAUCUCGUUCGUUCCAAAAUCGAAACCGGAGACGCGUAGCAAAGAGGAGGAGCAACGUCGCUGGUGCUAAUAAGAAACCUCGGAUCUUCCACUGCACAUUUUGUUGCGAUUCUUUUGUUAAGAAGCAUGACUGGACAAGACAUGAGAAGACACUGCAUCUUGACUGCGACCAGUGGAUCUGUGCACCGUUUGGUGGUGCAGUGGUAUCGUCGGCGACUGGGAGGAGUACGUGUGCAUACUGCAACAUUCUUGACCCUACUGAGCAUCACCUCAACUCUCAUAACCACAUCGCAUGCCACAAUGGCCAACAGCCUCACAUUUUCAGGCGCAAGGAUAAUCUCAUUCAGCACCUCCGCGGAUUCCACCAACUAGAGACGUUGCCUAUCUUGGACGACUGGAGAACGCCGCCACCUCCGAUCUCCUCCCGCUGCGGAUUCUGCGAUCUACGCUUACAAUCGUGGCAAGACCGCGCAGACCACCUCGCACAGCACUUUCGUCAGGGCAAAACAAUGGCAGAAUGGAAGGGUGAUCACAACUUUGAGCCUUCGAUCGCAGCGCAGGUCCGGAACGCCCUUCCGCCAUACCUGCUUGCCAACGAGGCCUUAACCAUGGUUCCUUUCUCCGCCACGGAUCCAACUGUGCCGGAUCAUUUUGCUCAGAUAGAGGAGAGAAAUGGCAAGGUUGUUCCGGAUCCGGAGCAGGAGCAGGUCGAUCCUGGGUUUGAGUUGACGCCCGACUCGUAUACCAAGUUUCUGGCGUGGCAUCUGGGCCGUUUCGCUCAGCAGUCGUUUGCGAGUGGUGUCUUUCCGACUGAUGAGAUGUUUCAGGGCGAGGCGAGAAGGCUGGUGUAUGGGAGUGAUGAUAAUUGGGAGCAGACUAUAGCUGAUAACGAGCAGUGGAUCGCCACUUUUCGAAGACAGCAUUUAUCCAAGGAGUAG